AACAUUCAUCUCUCGCGUUUCGACCUUUCUCGCACUAUCUUCUCCCAAACAGCCUCGAAGAAGCCUUCCUCCAUGGCCACAUUCAGUCUUCCUCGCAAGGGAAACACGAGGCUGCCGCCGGAGGUCAACAGAGUUUUGUAUGUACGUAAUUUGCCCUUCAACAUUACUAGCGAGGAGAUGUACGAUAUAUUCGGCAAGUACGGGGCGAUUCGGCAGAUCCGGAUUGGAACGAACAAAGAUACUAGAGGUACCGCCUUUGUUGUUUACGAGGAUAUCUAUGAUGCUAAGACGGCGGUGGAUCAUCUCUCCGGUUUCAACGUUGCGAAUCGGUAUCUGAUCGUGUUGUACUACCAGCAGGCCAAGAUGAGUAAAAAGUUCGAUCAGAAGAAGAAAGAGGAUGAAAUUGCUAGGAUGCAGGAGAAGUACGGGGUUUCUACGAAAGAUAAGUAAAAGGUACACCAUAGAAGUAGUGAAUUUGUGGGUAGUACCUUCUAUCAAUUCAGUUAUACCUCUUCACAUUCACCAUAGUUUUGAGGAGACUAAGUACGGAAGUCCUUUUCAUUUGUGUGCUAUCAGGAAUUCCUAUGGAACAUUUGGAAAGAAAAGAUUCAGAAAAACGGCAUCUUGUUCUGCCAAAAGUUCUCCCUUUCAUCUUUGUGGUUGUAGUACAGUUACGUGGUUGAUAUACAUUUUAAACCCGACGUCUUCAUGGCUCGACUAAGAGGAAAUGAGUUGAAGUCAUGGUUCUGCUCAUCUAGCAUCUAAUAUCUUUCGAGUUAGUUUAGCAACUAAAUGUAAUAGGAUCAGAAAUGUUGUUUCAUGGAUGGAAUAGUAGAGGUGCGUGCAAACUAGUCUAAAUACCUAUUAAUAAAUCAUUAGAUAUUAUAUAAGUUUCAUAUAAAACAUCAUACAGUUAUCCAUGU